GCAGGGAUAGCGUCCUUGGAGAUGCGUUAUUUUUAAUUUUUGCAUCUUUCAUUUGUUUUUUAUACAUGAAACAUGCCCCGAAUGAGAACUGAUUGGAGUUAAAAGUAUACGGGAAAAGUCUCCAAUUAAAAGAUAUAUGAGUGAACAUGUCUGGAGCUGUUCUAGUAGGAGAUCAGCUCAUCCUUGAGGAGGAAUAUGACGAUGACUAUAUUCCCUCUGAACAAGAGGUUAGAGAUUAUGCUAAAGAGAUUGGCAUUGACCCAGACACUGAGCCAGAGCUUAUGUGGUUGGCCCGCGAGGGAGUUAUUGCCCCUUUGCCCAGUGGCUGGAAACCAUGCCAAGAUGUAACUGGGGACAUUUACUAUUUCAACUUCUCCACGGGACAGUCGUCAUGGGAACAUCCAGGUGACGAAAACUACCGCAAUCUUGUGAUCCAGGAACGAGAGAGAUGUAAACAGGCAGCGAGUUCAGGAGGAGCCAAAAAGGACAAAAAGAAAAAGAAAGUGAAGGAGAAAAAGGAGAAGAAAAAGAAGGAGGACUCUUUGGGCUCUGCUUUGAGACCCCUCACGUCUCCACUUGGGGGGCUGGCUCCUCUCCGGGGUCUAGACGCCCCGGGACUUGGACCGCUGGGGUCUGUCCCGCCUCUGAGACGGCCUCUGGGGAGUGCAGGGGGGCUAGAGCCACUCAAGACUUCCCUCGGGGAUCCCAGAAGCAGUGGUGUGUCCAGUGUUUUGGGCAUGAGACAUGAAGAGAGAGUGUCUUUAAAUUCACCCGGUUUGGAUGAUGAAGAGGACGAUGAUGAAAAUAAGCAGAGUCGAAAUGAUUCAGACCGUCCACUGAAAAACCUCCAUUUGAAUAUAGAUGAUCUUGGAAGUGGCCUACAGUAUGAGGACAGUGAAGGCAGUGCAGAAGCUCCAGAGCCAGAGUUACAAAAUCUUGCCCUUUCUAGAGACCUUAGCCCAGAGCCACCUUCACAUCAAGGCCGCAAGUCUCCAGUGGCGCACGGCCAAGAUGGAGACAGAGAAGAAGACAAAGCUGGUCCUUCUAAACCAAAUCAAACUCCAGACCAAUCAGAGCAAGAUAUUGAAGAGGAGAUAGACAAUGUAGACGGGGAGGAUAUUAGUGAGGAGCAAAAUGGCGGCAUUGUCAAAAUACAUAAACAGCUAGAAAAUAAAGUAAAAGGGCCAGAGCAGGUUGAAGGUGCAGAGACUAAGGACGACGACAUAGAUAAAAAGAUGAGUGAAAAAGAUAAUUUAGCUAGUGAUGGAGAUGACAGUACUAAUAUCAACAAAGAAAAAGAUGUACAGGAAGUUGAGAUUGUGGAAAUUAUGGACCAGAAACAAACAACAGGUGAAAAUCUUAGUGAAAAAGAUGAUAAUAUAAUAAAUGAUGGACAAGACAAUAACCACAAUGCAGCUAUUGGUUUAGAAGAAAAUAAAAACGUAGGAAUUGAGGGUCAGAAAAAUGACAUUGAUCCUAAUGGUUUGGACAGAGAUGGGGAAGACAAUAUUAAAAGCAAUGAAGCUGUGAGGAAUUCAGUGGAUGAACAAGAUGGAUUUGAGGACACAGAUGAGGUUUUGGAAAGUUUUAAAAGCGAAAAAGAGGAAGAGAAUGGCAUAGACAAGAUGGACAAUAAGCAAGAUAUUCUUGAUUUUGAGUCAGAAGCUGUUAAAGUGGAACAAGAAGUUAGUAAAGCAGGGGAGGAGAGCUUAAGCAUUGAAGAAGAGGUGGAGGUGGUAGAAGAGAAAUCAAAUGUUGAAAUUCAAAAUAAAACAGGACAACAAAUUGAGGAGGAAGUUAUUGAAGAUACGCACAAAGUUGAAGCAGAGAGAAGCCAAAAAACCACAGACGAAAAGCAGGAUUCAGUGGAGGUUGGAAUGAAGAAAGUGCCCAGUGCUGCAGAGGAUGACAGUAUAAACAGUGAUGCUUCCUCCUUCACACAUAACAAGAAUCUGGGAGAUAUAAAAGACCUCUUGAGCUCAAUUAGUCCAUCAUUAGAGAAAAAGGCUGCUGAAACCAGGCCAAAGCUGAAGGAGGCACCUGCUCCCAGAGUGGAUCGUCUGAAGCUGCAUCAAUCGAGUCCUUCUCCUACAUUUUCAGACUCCUCUCAUUCAGACACAAAAGACCACCUCCUCCCCAAAAACACUGAUUUGGGGUCUUCUAUUGGGUUUAAGAGACCUGAAACUUCAAGGGGCCGCCCAGGACGAAGUCAAGAUACAAAGUUGUCCAUUCAAAGCCGAGAGAAGAAAGAUGAGCCUAUUGAGAGACAUGAACACACGUCAGAUCGUGAGGAACAGGAGGAGAGAGAGAAACUGAUGAAGGAAAAACAAAAGAGGAUUCAAAAACUUCAAGACGAACUGAAGAGACAAGAAGAAGAGGAGGAGAGGAGGCUAAAGGCUGAGAGUGAGGAGAGACUGAGGAUGCUACGCGAGUCACUGGUAACAAAAAGAAAAGAGGAAGAAGCCAAACUUAAAGACGAGUCUGAAAAAAUUCUGGAGGAGCUCAGAGCAUCUAUACGAGCCCACUGUGAGGAGCAGGAACAAAAAAUCAGGCAGGAGAGAAAAGCCAUCCUCGCAAACCUCCAGACUGAAUUAGAAGAGGAACAAGAGGCAGAGAGAAAGAAGCUUGAAGUCAAAAAGAAGCAGGACCUGGAGCGACUGAAGGUUGAGACUGAAGAGGAGAUAGAGGAGGAGAAAGAGAGACUUCAGAGCAACAAAGAGAAGAGACUCAGCGCCCUCAGACAAGAGGUCAAAAGCACUGGAGAAAAGACAGAUGUUGCAAGUUCCAAACCUGAACAACAUCUGUCUGAAUACCGUAGGGAGCUGUCGGACGUGCUGCAGGAAGUGAGAGAGGAGGAGGAGCGAGAGCACCGGAGGAAGAUGGAGCAGCUGAAGGAGGCGCAUAGGAGAGAGAUUGAUGACAUCAGAGAGAAAUACAGGAACGAGGAGAGCCUUGAGAGGGAGCGUAUGAUGAUCAGACUUAAAGACGAAAUACACCAGUUGGAGGCCUCUCAUGGUCUUGAACUGGAGAAAAUCAGAAUACAGCACAAUGUUCAGAUCGAGAAAGUACAAUUGGAAAACGCACGCAAGGAGAAUGAACUUAGAGACUUGUCAAAUGAGUUGGAGCUACGGACCGGCCGACUGCAGAGCCAGGAAGCUAUGCUGCAGUCCAAGGAAGAAGAUUUGAACAGAAGGAGGAAAAGUUUGGGAGUGGAGGAACAGGAAGUGGACAGACAGAUAGAGUCCCUGCCUCGUCUGAUCCACGAGCAUGACGUCCUGAAGGAGGAGCUGGAGAGGGAGCGGGAAGAAAAGCGACAGGCACGGGAGCUGAUGAGAAUUUCACAAGAGGAGCAUGACAAAGCCAAAAACACAGAGGCCAGACUGAGAGAGGAGCGGGACAGAGCCAGAGAGGAGCAGAGAAGGAGCAAAGAAGAGCAGAGGAAGAGCAGGGAAGAGCAACAGAGACUGGAGAGGAGGGUCCAGCUGCUGCAGGAGAGGUGUGAGCGCCUCAGUCUCAGGGACAGUGAGAUUGGAGGAGGUGCUGAGGCGAGUACAUCCAAACUGGACCCAAAAUCAGACCUAAAGUCUCCAGACACUCCUGGUGCGAUCGGAGACGCUCCUCUGCUCAUGGAAGAGCUCGACCCCCCACUGUCUCCUCCUGCUGAUAGCCACAGCAGCAUCAGCGAUGUCAAGAGGUACAUCUUAUCACAUGGAGACUCCAUCCAGAAAACCAAGGUGUUCCUGGAGAGAGAGAGCAGGAAACUGGUGGAGCGAGAGGCGGCUUUAAGAGCAGCUCAGACAAACCCAGGUCUGGAGAGGGGAGCAACAGAGGACAUCAUACACAAUCUACAGCAGGAAGCCCAAAUUGUGGGUGAUCUGCAACAGACAGUUCAAAAAGGUAUCUCACUUCUACAGAGAAAAGAGGAGAAACUUCAGCAUUUGGAGAGCUCCUUGACCGAUAAGCCUUUGUUUGAAAAUACUUCUCGAAUACCUGAAAGAACUGUGACUUUUGAUGUGAGUGAAUCAGAUGUGAGCAGCACUGUGGACCCACCUUUCACCAGAGAUCAGGCUGCAGUCCCACACAGAGUCCAGGACCUGGUGGAGUCCCUGCAGGUGAUUUCAGGGCAGUUGAACACGGUGGUGGGAGUGCUAGGUUCUUUAGACCAAAGACCAAACCCCGCCUUCUCUCUACCUCAGCCCGGGCUGGACUUCAGCACAGCCCACAUGAGGCGUUCACAGAUGUCUGAAAACUGGGCACCGCCACCUCCAAUGUUCAGCUCCACUGUCAACACUGGACUGAAGACCUCAGAGGACCUCAUCAACAGCAGAUGGAGGCAGAUAUUUCCUGGAGCAGCAAUGGGGCCAAGUGUCUCUAAACGUAGCACCUCCUACUCUUCCCACACUCCUCUCAGUCAAAGCAACUGGAGCGCCCCCUACAGGCAGAGCACCACGGAGGCAGAUGGACACAGACUUCAGGACCUUAUUGACAGUAACAAGAGGUGGCUCGAAAUCCGACGCAAAGACACCAACAUACCUUUAUUGACUCGAUAUCGUCCUGCGACAAACGGUGGUCUGAUUCAGCUCGGUUUGGACGACAACAAUGAGAUACGAGUUUUCCAUUACUGACAUUACUUUAUAUGAGUGAGUGCAUAGGGCUAAAACUCCUGUCCUCUGUCUGCUGGAUUUCUGUAAUAGAGAGAUCUAAACCAAGUCUAUAACAGGACUAAAUAAGGCUAAAAAAGGACUUAACAAGUGCUGCUGUUCUUUUGACAAAGAGAGAAGAGAAUUACAUUAUUGAUGCAUUAAAAAUUAUGUUUAUUGUAACUUAAGUUUAGUUUACAUGUGCUUCAAGCCAGAACUGGUCAUUGUUUACUAAGGUUUAGUUUGAAAAUACAUUGACAAUCGUAGUUACUAUUCUCUAUACUGUUAAUUGUUACAGUGCUCUAUACUGUUAACUGUUUUGGAUAUUUGCUAAUAUCAGUAACAUGGAUUUUGUCAAGAACAAUGCGCUGUUACAAUCACAUUACAUUGCUGUAAAAGGAAGGCCAAUGUUGUCUGUGAUGCCUAUGUAACACAACAGUGAUACUGAAAACUAUUUAUUUACAGAUUUUUGUACAUAUAGUCUUAAUGUUUUAUAUGUGUAUUUGUACAUAGCUAUUUUUGUAAUAAAUCUUUUAAUGUUUGAAUGAA